UAAAAAGGAACGCACCCGUAUUGUUUGCAAGGGUAUUGUUCCUUUUGGACAUAAAAGGUCCGAAGAUUCGCCACGGCCUUACCAUUUGCUGCUGUAAAGGCGUCUAUUGUGCAAAAUCGUGAUGGUUGCACUGAACGGUCUCGCACUUUUGCUGCUUACCAUUUCUGCUAUGUUCAUAAAUGAGUGUUACAGUAGUAGUGAAACGAAUCCCAUCGAAAGAGAAGACCAGUGUCAGGAUCUGACAUGCUACCGUAAUAGCAACUGGAUGUUAGUCGGUUGUCCGCCGGGGUGCUUAUGUGUCGUUCCUGGACCAGAUAGCGUGGUGAACGCAAAUGGCACGUGCUAUCAAAUUUACACCAAGCCGACUACCACGCCUUCUCCGCCAAGUGAAGAGUCAGAAGACAAAAAGUAAUACCACUGAAAAGAGUGCGACAAAGUCCAACAGAAGAUUUUUAUGAAAAAAUAAAACACAGUGA